UUUGAACUUGGUUCCCGGCUUCGUUCUUAGCUCUGCCUUGCAGCAGGGACAAGGAUCCUCCACCUCGAGGUACCGGACCCUGCGCGCUCUUCGCUUCUCCCCGGAGCAUGAGACUGCCUAGAAGAGCAGGGGACGCGGCGGAGCUGCGCAAGAGCCUGAAACCGCUGUUGGAGAAGCGCCGGCGCGCACGGAUCAACGAGAGCCUGAGCCAGCUAAAGGGGCUGGUAUUGCCGUUGCUGGGCGCGGAGACUUCCCGCUACUCGAAGCUGGAAAAAGCGGACAUCCUGGAAAUGACCGUGCGCUUCCUGCAGGAGCAGCCUGCGUCCCCCUACCCCACUGCAGCGCCGGGGUCCUUGGAUAGCUACCUCGAGGGUUACCAAGCCUGUCUGGAGCGCCUGGCCCGCGUGCUGCCGGCCUGCAGCGUCUUGGAGCCGGCCGUGAGCGCGCGUCUGCUGGAGUACCUGCGGCAGAGGACUGUCAAUGGUGGCCCGCCUUCACAGACGCCAACGCCCGCCCCUGCUCCAGCUCCCUCUCCGCAGGUGCCUUCUCCGUGCAGCCCUGGCCUCUGGCGGCCCUGGUAG